GGUGGGAAAGGGGAAGGAGAAGGAGAAGAAGAAAAAGCAUAUAUCCGAUCGAUUCCCUCCCAUUCUUCUUCUAGCCACCACAUGUUUUGUGUAAGAUCUCCAUCAAACCAAUUAUAUAUAUAUAUUUGUAACAUCAAUUUAAAAGGGACCCAAACAAUUCCUAAGAGUGAAUCCAAACCCGAAGCUCCUGUUCAUUGAGAGAGAGAGAGUGAUGAUGAAUCAGUUUGUAGCACCUAACUGGAAUCUAAGCCGCCAAAGACAAGAACAAGUCGAUGGAGAAGAAGGAAACAGAUCUUCUGAUCACGUGCACAUGUCAAAUUAUGGCAAUAUUGCAGAGCUAACAUGGGAAAAGGGGCAGCUAGCCAUGCAUGGGAUCGGCGGGGUGCUCUCCACCACCGCCACGCCCACAAAGCCCACAUGGGGUAAGGCCGGCGAAACACUAGAAUCAAUAGUCCACCAAGCCACGACGUGCCACAACCAAACGCCUAAUAUAAUCCAACACGACCAUACACCAGUACCCAAUAUAGCCGCUUCCUCCGGCAGGCAAUGGCCUGAUCGCCAGAGCUCCGGCCAAGUCCAAGGCGCGCCGGCGUUGGUGAGGAAACGUACACGGGCAGAUUCAGAACAAUGUGCAUAUGAAAACAAUGGGGAUGUUAGCGCAUGUGGCAGUGGUACCGCGAGUGGCUCAUUUUGUAGGGACAACGACACAACAAUGGUGACAUGGGCUUCCCUUGAAUCUACUCGGAGCUUGAAGACCAAAACCACUGAUGAAGAUUCGUCUUGUCUUCGCAGUGGAUCGGAAAACCGAGAUGAUCAAGGGCAUCAGAGCAAUAAUGAAACAGGGAGCUCCCAAUCAACAAGACGAAUUCGAGCUGCUUCUAUCCAUAACCAGUCUGAAAGGAAAAGGAGGGAUAGGAUUAAUCAGAAGAUGAAAGCCCUGCAGAAGUUGGUGCCAAAUGCAAGUAAGACUGACAAAGCUUCAAUGCUUGAUGAGGUAAUUGAAUACUUGAAACAACUUCAAGCACAAAUUCAAAUGAUGAGUUCUGCGAUAAACAUGCCCCAGAUGAUGAUGCCUUUAGGCAUGCAGCAACACCUUCAAAUGUCGACCCUCCUAGCGCGAAUGGGCAUGGGGGUCGGCCUAGGCAUGGGCGUGGGGAUGCUUGACAUAGCUAACAUGGCACGCACCAUGCCUCAAACUCUUUCACCGCUCAUCCAUCCACCUUCAGUUGCUGCCCCACCUCAUACAUUUGUUUUGCCGCCAUUUGCGGUGCCCCCGCUCAUCCCAAAGACGCACGCUCCAGCUCCGGCAAAGCCUGACCCUAGCAACAAUGCUUCACUUCCUUUGCCGGAUCCAUAUUCCGCUUUUUUAGCACAAUCGAUGAAUAUGGACAUGUACAACAAGAUGACAGCCCUGUACAGGCAACAAGUCGAUAAUCAGACCACACAGGCAAUGAGCAGCUCAUCACAGCCACACCAUGUUCGAAGUGACUUAGGAUAGACAAGAAGCAUCAAUAAUGUAAAUCAAUGAAACAUAAAGAAGGGGUUAAAAAAUGACAGUAGAGGGGUUUGGAUUUGACGUUGAACGUCUUGUUUGUCAUUUGGAAAUUAAUAUUAUUAUUUUCAGCCUUGUAAUUUUAAAUGGAAUUUUCUAGACAAGAUUUUGUUUCUUUUGUCGGGGUGAAUGAUAUUUUAUGAAUAA